CUACACGUCAAGUGACUAAGAACAAUAGAGGAGGUUCGCUUUUGAACAGCCUUAUAAAUAAUUUACCAACAGAAAUUCAUAUUCCAGGGUAUCAGUUUGCUGGACCGGGCACUAAGUUAGCGUAACGCCUUGCACUCGGGCAAACCGGAAUAAAUAAAGUAGACUCUUUGUGCUUAAAACACGAUAUAGCCCUGCACAAACUAAGGAACCCUGGUGUUGCUACAACUUUGAAAGGUCUGUGUUCUUAUACUACAUCUGAAAUAAAUGCGCUUAGCGCUAUCGGGUUUGACGGCUCUACAUUUACCAAUACUAAUUUUAUGAGUAAUGACUAUUUCUCAGUGUGUAUACCGCUAAGACAUUUAUUUGGUUUUUGCGAAGAUUAUAAGCGUAUACUUAUGAAUUGCUCACAACAAUUAAUACUUAAUAGAGCAUCAAAUGAUAUGGAUGCGUUACAGAUAUUUGAAACUGAUAAUACAAAGGCCAUAGAGUUAUCAAAGACUAAAAUAAUUCUAAAUAAGGUUUUAUGGAAAAUGCCAAUGAUUAAAGUAGCUAACAAAGAAAAAUUACGAUUAAUGAAGGUAAUAGAUAGUCAUAAAUCUAUUAAAUGCCCUUUUAGAACAUGGGAACUGGCAGAGUACCCGUUUUUACCUACGAAUACUCGGCAUUCAUGGUCUGUACGAACAUGUAAUAAUUUAGAGAAACCUAGAUAUGUUAUUAUAGGAUUUCAAACAGACCGUAAAAAUACAGGAUCAAAGUCUAUGGCUGUUUUUGAUCAUUGCAAUUUGACAAAUCUUAAAGUAUAUCUAAACACACAAGUUUAUCCAUAUGAAGAUUUUAGAGCUGACUAUCCGAAUAACCUUUAUUCUUUAUUUUACAACUCAUACAUACAAUUUCAACGAACAUAUUACGAUAGAGAUUGGGCUUCACCAUUACUUAACCAUUCAAAAUUCAAAGAUAUAAUGCCUGUUGCUGUUAUUGAUAUGAGUCGACAGGAUGAUGAUAUAAAAAUUAACUCUGGUUUGGAUUUAAGAUUAGAAUUUGAAUUUUCCAAUGCGGUUCCAGAGAAGACUACCGCUUAUUGUUUAGUAAUUCAUGAUCAAAUAAUCAUAUAUAACCCGUUUUCGGGUGAUGUUAGAAAAUUAUAA